CAAUUGCAAUUAGUCAAAUAUCUAACGAAAAUAUUCUUAAAAAUAAUGCUAUUACUAUUUUUAAUUGUAGAUAUAAGGAAUUCGAUUCUGAUAUAUAUUUACUUGGGUAUUUUUUGCAUCCUGGUUAUCAUGGCUUAGGAUUAAAAACAGGAACAUUCAGACGGAUUUGUGAAGUUGCCGCUAAUUGUUGA